AUCGCAGUCGCGAUUUCCCGAGCAAGAAGACAAGACAAGCAUGGCGAAGAAGAGCGCGUGGACGGCCCCGCGGAAGGAGGAAGACGCAUGGAAGAGCAGCGCCCAAGACGACGACGACCAUGCGCAGGAAGCGGAAGACGAGACCUCGCUCUGCACGUACAAGUUCGGCAAGUGCUUGAACCCGCGGACGCGCAAGAUCAACGGGACGCUCCAUUCGCUCUGCUCCAUGCACCGCAUGCGCCAGAACGCCCAUCAACUCAAGAGCGACCGGAAGCGACGCGAGAAGCAGCGAACGAACGACUCGGGCGCGUCGUCUUCGUCGUCCGAGCCCAUGUCAUCGACGCCGACGAUCGUCGACAACGCGCUCCUUCUCUCGCUCAAGCACGAUGUCGAGACGCUCAUUCGACUCGUCAAGACCGUCCUCAACCAGUCCGCGAACGCCAACGUGGACACGUGCUGGAGCCUCCUCUCGCUCCACGAGCAGCGCCCGACCCAAAACGCAGGCGAGAGCUUUCUCGAGCUCCACACGGAAGGGCAGUCCCCGGACGACGUGCUGCACUUCAGCACCGCGCCCUUCGAGUGGCCAGCGCUGCAGCUCCCGCUCGAUAAGCCUGCCGAGGCGCAAGCGCAGCUUCCAUCCUUGCUCGACCGCUCGCGCAGCCCGCACGAGACGGCCAUCUGACUCGUCCGGGUCGCCCGCAUGUCGUCGCCGCUGCAUUAUUUAUAUUCGAUUCCCCAACUAACUAUCUAGGGCCGAAGACUAUUCGACCCGUCAACCUUGUUUCAUGCACUGUCUGGUACUGCCCAGAGCAGCAAGACUCCACCUCGGGUAUGCAAGAAGGACAAGGAGGAGGGUCUGUUAAAUAGAAUACGCCAGCAACAUGUCUCUUCUUCU